AUGCGUUCAUCCGCCUCACAAUUUUCUGGAAUAGAUUCUUCUCAUGAGAAUGACUGUUGUGAUCAAGAGGAUCAUGAUAUCAAGGUCGCAACACUCCUGAGUCAUGGUUUUGAACAACCAGACGUUGUACUCGCUCUGCAAAAGUCGAACAACGAUGUGAGUAAAGCGUACACCCUUUUGUCAGAGAGCAGGGAAUCAGUUAGCGAUUUUUUUGCUUCAGCGGCCACAGAAUGGGUCAGUGAUGACCAUGAAGCUGGUCCUUCAAGUGACGUUUUCCCCACGCCAUCAUUCAGAUGUGUGCGGCGAGCUGUGAAUAGCGACAAAUGUAGUAUUUUCACCGAUCAACUUUCAAUUAUGCGAUGCGUUGAGGCUUCGAAGGAAAUGCUCAUAAAUAACAUAUCUGAUCCUGUAUGUAGCGAAUUUGUGGACGUUUAUCUCCCCAAGUGUAUAUCACUGCAUGUCAAUCCCCCUGAGCAUCUUUUCCUCGAUGACGUCAACCUUAGUGCAAGCGUCGAUUUUUGCAGGGAGGUGGUUCAGUUGAUACCCAAAAGGCUGUCGAAAUUGCCAGUUCCGAUCCCUUUGUGCCAUGCAAUGACCGAUCUGUUCCACCCUCGUAAUAAGAUGUUUUGUGCAUAUCGCCGUCUUUCACCUGCAGAGUUACAGAAUCGCUCUUUUGAUGUACACCUGUCUUUCUGCGAUAUUAGAAAAACGAUGAAUGGUAAAGAUCCCCCACACAGGUUGCUGCAGGAAUUGAUUGAUCUCUUUGUAACAUCAUCAGGAUUUUCAAAUGUAAAUGAAUUGAUACGAAAUCACCGUGACAUUUUGGCUCCAAUGGACGUCUUUGUAUUGCUCAGUGCAUUAGAAUCUUUGCGCGAAUUUCUUGAUGCAACUAAGAUGCGUCACAUGUUGCUUUCCAUUGUAGAAGGAUCUCUUCGUGUUUUAGACGAAGUUCCUGAAAAGUAUAUUCGUGACUCG